AUGGCAGAUGAGAAAAAAAGCUUAGACAGAGUUACUGUAGAACUCAAAGUUUCUAUGCACUGCAAUGCGUGUGAGAGAACAGUUGCUAAAACCCUUUCGAAAUUUAAAGGGGUGGAAAAGUUCUCGACAGACAUGAUAAACCAGAAGGUUAUUGUCAUAGGACGAAUCAACCCUCAAAAGGUUUUAAAAAAACUUAGAAAGAAGACAGGGAAGAGAGUAGAGAUUGAGAUGGACAAUGACGCUUCAAAAGACACAUCUGAUGAAAAGGAUUUAGCAUUGGUAAAUUGUUCAAGUGAAGGGCAAAAUUUAUUGACAUUUGAGGAUUGGGAAGAUAGUGUGAUCUUUACCAUGUUUAGCGAUGAGAAUGCGAAUGCGUGUACAAUACUGUAG